CCAAAGAGCUAUACCGUAUUAUUAGAGAAAUUUCUUUUCCUAUUCAAGUCUCUAAUGUCAACAAAAAAAAAGUCUCAAAAGAUGUUUGAUUACAGGCUACUUAACCGCGCAUCCAAAAAUCCCAUCUUCUCCACCAUUUCAUUUGCAGCCAUAUUCUUUCUCAUCUAUGCUGACAGCAUCGUUUCCAAUCUUUCCAUAACUAAUCCUUUUGACUUGAAAAGCAAUGAAAUUAUUGAUCCCCAUGAGACUCAAAAAAACCAAGAAACAGCACUCGAGUUUGAGACCACUUUUAAUAGCACAGUGCCAUCAAUUCCAACACAAGAGAAGGUGGUUGAAGAAGAAGAUUCUGAGACUCAGGACCCUCUUAUUCCACCAGACAAUGUUUCAAAAGAUGAAAGACUGAUGUGGUUCCAAAGAAAGCUACCGGAGCUAGAGAUACUCCAGUCCAACAACCUGUCACAGAAAUUUCAUGGUCGAGUUUUGGAGUUCCUUAAUCAUGGUUGCACGGUUCAGUUCUACAUGACAUGGUUCUCAACAGCACAAUCUUUUGGAAAAAGAGAACUCUUGGCUGUGGAUACUCUAUUCAAAGUGCACCCACAAGGAUGUUUGAUGAUCAUAUCAAACACCAUGGACACCAGGCGUGGCUACAGGAUUUUAAAACCAAUAAUAGACCGUGGUUUCAAUAUACUAGCAAUCACACCUGACUUAACCUUUUUGGUCAAGAACACCCCAGCUGAAGCUUGGUUAGAAGAGUUAAAGAGUGGAAGAAAAGACCCUGGAAAUAUUCCAUUGUUCCACAAUUUGUCCAAUCUCAUCAGGCUUGCCAUGUUGUACAAAUAUGGAGGAAUUUACUUGGACACAGAUUUCAUAAUUUUGAAAGACUUUUCAGGGUUGAGAAACUCAGUUGGGGCACAGAGCAUGGACCCUGCGACAAACACUUGGAACAGGUUAAAUGGUGCAGUUAUGAUCUUUGACAUAAAUCAUCCACUUCUAAUUGAUUUCAUGCAGGAAUUUGCUACAACUUUCAAUGGAAAUAAAUGGGGUUUCAAUGGGCCAUCCUUGGUUUCAAGGGUUAUUGAAAGAGUUGGAAACACACCUGGUUACAACAUAACUGUCUUUUCCCCCAAGGCCUUCUAUGCAGUGGACUGGCUUAAAAUAAAAGGGCUUUUAAAGAAGCCCGAGAAUGAGGCUGAUUCACAAUGGGUGGAGCACAAGUUGGCAGAGCUAAAUAAUGGUGAGACUUAUGCACUACACCUAUGGAACAAGUGGAGUAGAGAAUUGAAAAUUGAAGAGGGAAGUGUCAUGGCAAGGUUAAUCUUAGAUCACUGUGUCAUUUGUGAACACAUUUAUGAUUCUUGAAGAAAAUUUGUCAGAUAUAAGUUGGCGGAACCCGAUUCAAUCAAAUGGACUGCCUAACUAUGAAGAACUCACAAGCCAAGAAGUAUUGCAAUCUUCUUAUCUUAGCAAGAAUUAUGCAAUUGUUUUACUUUGCCAGAUAGGAUGCAUUGAUUGAUUGUAAAUCUCAUACAGGAAAAUUGUAUUCUUUUGAAAUUUGAUGGUCUAAUAUAUCUAGACAUGAAUUUAUUA